AUGAUGUCCAAUACAUACGAUAUCAGUGGGUUUUGUGAUUUAAAUAUUUAUCACUUAAAAUUUGGAUUAGAUCCAUCUAUGAUCGAUUCAUGUCCAUCAUUAAAUAUUGCUCUUCGAAGUUUGUCAUUAAUACUGUCAAAUGAAUACCUUCUCACGAAUUUUACUAGUCAUUUUAUACCCUAUGAUAAAUAUGAUGGAAAGUUCCAAACUUUUGUUCCUAUAUCAAUAAUGGAACUAAUGAAAAGAACGUUUACAAAUGCAAACAUUCCUAAAAUCAUCUUCUCAACUGAUGAUUUGUUUGAUCCUCCGAUUGUUUGUGCCGUAUAUGGCUGCUAUAAAGGCCGUGAAAACGAAGCCGAUAUUGAUAUAAUCUAUCUUAACAAUGAACUAAUUACGCAAUCAAAAAUGAAUGAUGACCCUGAGACUAUUAUUAAAUACGGAUCGGUCAUUUUAUUUACGAUUCUUCACGAGUUAGGCCAUUGGGCAUUUCAUCAUUUUAGUUGUGCCAUGGACCAUGAUAUAUGGACCCCCAAAGGGGUCCUGAUGCAGGAAGCUGGGGAGGCAAUAGAGCAUUUAAUUUUUGGUUUUAAAAUGCAACAUUAUGGGCCCCAUGAACCCAAAUUUAUGAUUGAUGAUUUAGUAACUGAAUAUAAUGGUAGUACUCGAAUAGUACCAGUAAAAUAUUUAAAAACAUUAUUUCAAUCAGCCACAUAUCAAAAUAUUAAAGGUUCGAGUGACCUUCAACUUUCCAUUAUACAAUUAAGAGAUUCGCUAAUUCUUCAAGAAGAAUCAGCUAAAUAUAACUAUAAACGUGUUUUCAGCCCAAUUGACGAACCUGUAUUAAGUGCAACAGUAAAUACCGGCGGUAUUCAAACGGGUAAAAGAAUAUUUAAUUCGUGUGACAGAACACAUUGA